GGGGUCAAGCAGCGAGAGAUAAGGGGCAGGGUAUAAAAAGGGCCCACAAGAGACCAGCUCCAGGAUCCCAAGGCCCAACUGCCCGAACAACUCAGGGUCCUGUGGACAGCCCACCUAGCUGCAAUGGCUGCAGGCUCCCGGACGUCCCUGCUCCUGGCUUUUGCCCUCCUCUGCCUGCCAUGGCUUCAAGAGGCUGGUAGGGUCCCAAGCGUACCCUUAUCCAGGCUUUUUGACAACGCUAUGAUCCACGCCUAUCGCCUGCACCGGCUGGCCUUUGACACCUACCAGGAGUUUGUAAGCUCUUGGGGAAUGGAAGUCUGUAUCCCAAAGCAACAGAAGUAUUCAUUCCUGCGGAACCCCCAGACCUUCCUCUGCUUCUCAGAGUCUAUUCCCACACCCUCCAACAUGGAGGAAACACAACAGAAAUCCAACCUAGAGCUGCUCCACAUCUCCCUACUGCUCAUCCAGUCCUGGCUGGAGCCCGUGCAGUUCCUCAGGAGUGUGUUUGCCAACAGGCUGGUGGUGUAUGGCACCUCGGACAGCGACGUCUAUGACCUCCUAAAAAGCCUAGAGGAAGGCAUCCAAACGCUGAUGGGGAGGCUGGAAGAUGGUAGCCCCCGGACUGGGCAGAUCUUCAAGCAGACCUACAGCAAGUUUGACACAAACUCGCACAAUGAUGACACACUGCUCAAGAACUACUGGCUGCUCCACUGUUUCAGGAAGGACAUGAACAAGGUCGAGACAUUCCUGCGCAUGGUGCAGUGCCGCUCUGUGGAGGGCAGCUGUGGCUUCUAGGUGCCCGCAUGGCAUCCUGUGACCCCUUCCCAGUGCCUCUCCUGGCUCCGGAAGGUGCCACUCCAGUGCCCACCAGCAAUGUCCUAAUAAAAUUAAGUGUAU